GAACUACCAAGGUUAUCACGGCUCGAUAUUUUGGGGUCGAAAUUAAUUGUGUUUUCUGCUUUGUAAUUCUUGUUCCCAUUCACCCCAUUUAGUCAUUUUGCAAUAUUUGCGAACUUCAUGAGCUCCAGCUAUCAAUUUACAUGACUCCUCUUUGAAAUUAGUGGCCAAAAAUGUAUUUUUGCACGCGAAGAUGCUUUGCUAUAUUCUUCAGGCGGCCAGCGGAACCCUUGCUACAAACACGCCCGAACUCUGGGGCAGUGCGCCGGACAUAUGUAGCCUGCUGCUGCAGGAGAUCGAAAGAUGAUCGAAUCCAGUCAUCAAUAACUGCCCACUCUUUCGCUAAGAGAAGAUAUCACAGACAACUUCUACAACAUUUGAAUAACUCGAAAGACGAAGAGGCUGUUCUUCACUAUUUAAAGAAGAAUAUCGUUUAUCAGCAAGAUGGAAUUGUAGCAAUUAACAAGCCUCCUGGAUUGGGUGUUUCUGGAAAAGUAAAUGAGGAUGAUGAAUCUUCACCUUUGACCCUUUCUAGCAUGAUGUCACAGGUAGCAGACUUUACUGAUUGUCCCUCGGCAGAGAUAGCACAAGGUCUUGAGAAAGAAGCGUCCGGUUUAUUGUUAUUGGCAGAAAACAGGAUGGCUGCUAAAAAGCUUCAGAGUAAAAUUAAAGAGGCUAGAAAUAGACGACAGUUCAUCAAAACCUACAGGUCCAUUGUGUGUGGAAUCCCAGAGACGAAAAUAGGUGUUUCGAAAAUGUACCUUGGGUCAGAUGUCAUUGGAGGAAUAAACAUGACCGUUGGUAGACACAAUCCUUCUGGGAGGCAAAUAAGAGAUGGAGACGUAUGGUCUGCUGAAACCAAGUACAGGGUCAUCAGUGAGAACAAGGAACUAGGAUGUGCAUUCAUAGAGCUGCAACCCUUAAGAGUGAAAAGACACCAGCUCCAGGUACAGAUGGUCAACGAUCUCUGUCCAAUCUUAGGUGACCACACCUACUCACACCAAGUCCAGACUAUUCUUGGGAAACCUAUUCUAAUGGAUCCUCAUCAAGCACUGGGCGUUCAUAACAUACAGGUUCUUAGUCCUGGUAUUAGAAAGGCCUUGGCCAUGACCAGACCACAGGUGUCUCUUCUACCGCUGUUCCUUCAUCUUCAUCAUGUGGUCCUCCCGGAGUGGGCGGGUCAUCAGGAUGUGACUAUCACAGCGCCUCUGCCGUCACACUUCACAAGAGCUCUAAAGGAGCUAGGACUCAGAAGCAGCGAGGAUGUGAAGCAGCUUGCCGGUUCUGCCAGCUGAAUCUUGAACACGGGUCCUUUCAGUAUUCAGAGCAUUGGCUGGAGAUAGUGUCGGUACAUGGACUUGUGCAAUUUGUUUAAUAACGCGAGGCUAAAUGCUUCAUUUCAUGGGCCAUAGGUGUUGUGGUCUUAAGGGUACCAUGCACAUCAGCCAGUUAUCGGCAAUAUAGCGGUACUUUGCCUAGUUCCUUAUUUGCCCCCCAGAGCUGCAAAAUAUUGGAAGUAAAAUACCACUUUUCUAAGUGACACCUGUUUAUAUUGGCUUUUAUUGGUAACUUAUCUGUUAUUCAGGAACAAUUCUGGAAAGAAAAUUUGUGGAUGGCAGGUAUAAAUCAUUAUUUAAAGGAGAAUCAUUGCUUGAUUUGGGGGGGGGGGGCUUGAAUUAUGGUUCUUCCAUAAAGUGCCUUGGUGACACAAUUUUGGUCAAAAGAUAUUGAAUGAAGAGAAGAGUAAGGAAGACUAUGUGACUCUCUAUCUUAGGCUAUUAAGGCGGAUAGUAAAGUUCAUAUCAACUAUGUUAUCUUGCAAUUCUAAACAGUUGUUAGUUUCCCCGUAUAUCUACUCUCUGCACUGAUAAAAGCCUAAAGAUCAGGAAGGAAGUGCUAGCAAACAGAGGCUUUGCAACUUUUCCUUAUCAGGUUUCAUUCUGGAGAGGGCUUCAAGUAUUGCAAACCGGACCAACACAUAUAUGGCAUUUAGUAGAUUCAAAAGUGCAUUAAGUUGAAUUGCUGGACAGGAAGUGCAAUAAAUCAAAAUAAGCACUAUUGGUUUUGAUAUUGAAGGUUAAGUUGUUGAAGUUCCAUCCACAUUUUUGCUUAUGAAUUUCUGUUUCAAUGGAUUGGAGUGUAGUUUUGCUUGAUGACUAGAAUCCAAAUUAGUAGGAUUCAAAAUAACAUUCUAUGACUUGGAAUGCCUUACCGCUACAUUUUCUAAUUCUCACUAUUGAAUUAUUAAAAAAUUUUGUAAAGAUAUUUUGUUUUUCAAACACAUUUCAUCUCAGUAUGCAAUAUUACUUGCAUUGCAUAAAGUUUUUACACUGAAUUUCGGUGCCUAUUUAGACUUGGAAACCAUUAUGCAAAUAACAAUUAUUACUUCUAACAGGUAACAUCACAUCAAGAUAGUUACUUAUGUUAAAGGAAAUGGAAAAGACCAAAGCUAUGAAGAUAGUAAUAGACUUGGUCAUACUUUAAUCAUGUAAAAUGCAUGCCAUAAAAAGCAGGAAGUUGGUGGCUUUUAUGGUCAUGUUCAAUGGUGCUAUUGUUGGGAUGGAUUAUUGAUAGGCCUCUUUAAUCACUUUGUUAAGGAUUCAAUAGCUGUGUUAACUACAAUGGGGGACUUGCCUUGACUGAGUUUAAGAUUUCUAUUAGGGCAGUGUCGGGGUUACAGUAGGUCACCCUUAAAAACUGUAAGAGGAUUUUUAAGAUACACAGAGUCGCAGAAAAACUGUGUGUGAGCGUGUCAGGGUAUGCUUGGUUCAUUGUGCAAAUGUUUCAUGAGAAAGCUGGUUAUUUAACUCGGUUAUCCGUUGUUGGUGUUUUUUAGAUCAAAACUGUGUUAUCUCUGUGUUGAAAGACUAGUAGCAGUAGUGCUACUAAGUGAUCAGCUGCAGAGUACAUGUAUUUUAAAAAUGACCUUGGUCGGUCAGAUGUAUUUCAGUUUCAUUAUCUCAAUCAGCACGUAAUAGGAUGUGCAUUGAAUUUGAUAUGUGUUACAUAAAUCGAACAAAGUGCCUGGUAUGGUAUAGUCUACUGAGAGCCAUAGGCCAUAUACAUUAAAUCAUAUUAAAAGGGGUCAUGCACACACAUCAGAUUAUAUAUUUAUGAAAAUCAUUCCCCAAAAUCUGAGAACAUGAGACAUUCUGAUAAAGAGCAUAUAUGGAGCUUUUUUUUCCUUCCUACCAAGUCCUGUAAGGAAAUUAUUCUUGGAGUAAAGUUCUGUGCAUGACAAAUCUUAUGUGCUUGCCUAUUCUCAUAAAUCGUUUCAUCUAUAUCUUAGAUUAAUUUUUGUUUUACAAUAACUCUUUUCUGCAAUGAUUUUUUGACACAGAUAUUUUGGUCAUAAAAUACGAUGAUGGAACUUUAUACAAAUUUGUUUGUACCUAGGUUAAACAUGUAUCUUGCUUGCAGGAAAUUAUAUACAU